AGUUUUAUUGUAUUAAAAAAAGCAAAAUAAUGGAGACAUCUAUGAGAUACACCGAAAACAUCAAUUUUCCAGCACUUUUUACAAGCAUUUUUAUUCUGAUACUUGUUUGGUUGUAUGUUACAAUUAAAAAAAUUUAUAACAGGUUGAAUAAAGGCAAUGAAAUGGUACCACUUGUUUCAACAAUAAAAAAAAUUAUUCCUCCUCAUAUCAAUAGUGGAUGGCAGGUAUGCAGUGUUUCUAAUUCGAUACCUAUAUGGAAAUAUGAUGUUACUUUCACAUUUGCUCCAAAAAACCUUUACUGCUGUCGUAUAUUGCUUCAAAAAAAUUCUCAAGUUGUUUUAAAAGAGUUGCUUGAUGUUGAAAUUUUUUCGUCACUUUUUCCUAACUCAAAAAAGUUUCAAGUUGAAAAAGGAAGUUUGAAAGAUCAACAGGAUAUUAUUUCUAUAGUUUGCCUUGAUUCUAGUUUAAGUCUGACCAGUAUAUUGUUGACCCAGCAUUCUUCACUGGGAAUUAACAGGAAAUGGUUCUCAAAUUUAUCAGAGUCUUGGUUGUAUAUUCAUCCUUCAAACAUUUUGCUAACAAAACUUUAUGGUUAUUGGAUGUGCUUUCAUGUUCAAAAUGUUGAAAAUAAUGGCUCAAUUUUCCAUCUUAUUGCUUCAUAUCCUUCUAGUAAAAAAUUUAGUGAUAUCUGCUCUUGCAUGUCUUCAUGUCUAAUAUUAUUGAAAGAACAUAUUGAUUCUAUUUCAAUAUUAAAACUUAUUUCAACUGAUAAAUGCAAAGAGAAUGAUAUCUCAACUACUGUUAAGUGUAAUGCAGUUGUUACAGAUACUGGUGUUAUCAAUGAACCUGUAAUCAAAAUGGAUAACUUAUCUCAGGCUAGUAAUCAACCUUUAAUGCAGUUGGAUGAUAAUGAUGAUGAUGGUAUUUCACUGAAGAGCACUAACAAACAGAGGAACACUGACAAACUUCAGUGGAGUACUGAUGAAUCUCAGAGAAGUACUGACAAAUCUCAAAAGAGUACUGAUGAAUCUCAGAGGAGUACUGACAAAUCUCAAAAGAGUACUUAUGAAUCUCAGAGGAGUACUGACAAAUCUCAAAAGUGUACUGAUGGAUCUCAGAUGAGUACUGAAAAAUCUCAAAAGAGUACUGGAUAUAAUAGUAAUGAUUUUAUUAAAGCUCAAAAUUCUGUGGAAAUCAAUACUAGCAAAGAAAAAACAAGUUUGUUAGAAAAAUCCAUAAAAAAUAUAGAGCCAAUUUCAUUAGCAAAAUCUGUGAAAGUCAAUGGUAUUAAAGAACAAAGUUUAUUAGAAAAAAUCAAUAUUCAAUUGGCUCCUUAUAUGAAUGUUUUACAAGAAGGAUUUAACACAAUGAUGAAGAUUUAUAAUGCUGAUGAGACGACUCCUGGUUGGCGAUUUACUGGUGCCAAAGAUGGAGUAAGAAUGUUCAGAUGUGAUAAAGAUGAAAUUUCAGAAGCGCCAACUUUUAAAGGGACUGGUGUCAUUAAUGUACCACUGGGUUAUGUUAUUCAAUAUGUUUCAUCGCUGUCUUUUAAGUCAGAAUAUGAUAAAAUGUUUGAAUCAGGAACUGUUGUGGAAGUAUUUUGUGACAACUUAACUAAGAUUUUCAACUUAAAAUAUGUUCGUAUAUGGCCUGUUUCAGGAAGAGAUUUUUGUUCAAUUUCUAUAGUUCGACAUUUAAAAGAUAAUAUGUAUGGUAUUUGUGUAAAAGCGGUUGAGCAUCCAGGUUGCCCUGCUGUUAGUUCACAUGUCAGGGGUAAUGUACUUAUUGGUGGAUUUUUGCUUAAAGUGUUAUCAUCUGACCCACCAGAAACUGAGUUAACAUACUUAGCUAGAGUAGAAUUAGGAGGUUAUUUUCCGCAAUCAAUAAUAAAUAAAAUAUCAGCCGAGCAAUCGAUGUUUCCUGCUGUAAUUCGAAAGCAUUGUGAACAUCGUUUUCAUAUCCAAAGUCCUGUCUCAGAAGAGAAAAAAAUAUUGACAGAAAUACAUUCAUUUCCCAGUUGGUUUGAAGAAAAAGUACAGGAUUCAGAAUCUAUCAUAGCAAAUGUCACUAGUAAUGAUUUAAACACUUUACAGGGUAAUGAUUUGAAUACUUCGCAGCCCUGUAGUAAUAGUUUGAAAACUUUAGAGGCUAGUAGUAAUGAUUUAAGCACAUCACAAUCUAAUUGUAAUGGUUUGAACACUGCAUUUCCUAAAAGUAAUGAUUUAAACAUUUCACAGGCUAAUAGCAAUGACACUUCACAAGAUAAUAAUGAUUAUAACUCUUUACAGGCUAAUAGUAGUUAUUUGAAAACCUCACAGGCUAAUACUAAAGAUUUAAACACUUCACUGUCUAAAAUUAAUGAUUCAAACACUUCACAACCUAAUAAUGAUUUUAACACUUUGCCGGCUAAUAGUAAUGAUUUAAAUAUUUUACCCGCUAAUAGUAAUGAUUUAGAUACUUCACAGGACAAAAGUUAUGUUUUGAAGACUUUGCAGGCUUUAAACACAAACAAAGAUAACUUGAAUGAUACAAGUAAUAUUGAAAAAACACUUGAUAAGCAUGCUCAAUCAUUCUUAACUACUAGUUCUACUGAUAAUAUUCCUCUAAAUUAUGUCGAAGUUAACAAUUUAGUUGAUUCUCAAUCAACUGAUGAUGAUCAAUCUGUUCUAUCAGACAAUUUAUUUUUAUCAGAUAUCGAAAGCAUUAAAUCAAUGAAAUUAGCUUCGUAUGAUUCUGAUGCUUCUGAUCCACAAAUGAAUCUUCCACGAGAUCGCUUUGGACAAAUUGAUUUUAUAACGCUUGGUAACCAAACUGCUGCUUCACUUGAAGAAGAGUUUUAUUUAGCAAUGAGUGCAGUAUCAUUGUCACCACUUUCACCAUCAAUUGAUUCAUCUUUGAGUAUUCAAAACCAAAAUUUUGGAUGGGUGUACCAAGGAAGUGAAAAAGAUGUUAUACUUAUGAAAAAAAUUCAUUCUCAUCUUAAAGUUCACAGUUUUUUUGGUCGUGGAGUUAUAUCUGUUCCACCAGACACAGUUUUCAAAGCAGUAUCCAACCCAGUUGUUCGCACUUAUUAUGAUAACAUGUUAAAGAAAAUAUCAAUUGUGCGACAGAUUAGUGAAAGAAACAAAAUAGUUUACAUGCUGUACGAAACAAAUAAGUGUUUUGUGAAACAAGCACGUGAUUUUUGUGUGCUACAUGCUGAAAGAAAAGAGGAAAAAAGGUUUGUACUUGCUGCGACAUCUGUGGAAAUACCUGACUGUCCAACUGUCAAAGAUAUUGUUCGAGGAAGGAUUUAUUCAAGUGGUUGGAUUAUAGAACCACUUAGCAAAGAAGGAAUGUCAUGUUCUAUGGUGACCUAUAUUUCACAGGUUGACUUUGGUGGACGCUUACCAACUCGAUUAGUAAAUUACAUUGGAAAACGACAGCCUUUAGGACUAGCAUAUCUCAGAAAAUACUUGGAGUCUUCAAAAUUAAUUUAAUAAAGAUAUUCACAAACAAUUUUAAAACAUAAGCAAUUUUUAUACAAUUUUUUUUUA